AUGAAAUGCCGUCUCGCAGCACUAUUUACCGGAGACGAAAACAUGAAAGGAAGAAAAGAUAUGAAACAAAGUUUUUCUUGUCAAGGUUUAGUUUUUGUUUAUUGGAAUGGUAAAAUUCUUCCUGAUUACCACUGCUUAACUAAAGUAGAACGUUUACCAGUAGUAGUUUCAGCAGAUGGAAUAGAAAAGUUAUUAGGAGUACAGCAAAUGAAGUCGGAAACGUACUUCGAGAAUGGAAUCUGGUGGAUAAAGGGAAUGAGCUCUACAUACAGGAAUUCCUACAUAGAACAAAACUCUUCAGAAUUAUUUCCCUACAUCAACUGUAAAAACAACCCUGUUAAAUUUGAUGUGACCAUGCAAAAAGCUGGACCAUGGCAGACCAUACCUGCCCCUGGAAUGUACACAACUGAAAAUAAUCAUAUUGGUACUGGAUGGCCAGUUAGGGCAGUCGUACCCAUUGCCAUGAGCGGAAAGCCAAAGAGCCCCAAUACUUCUUCAAUACUAGACUCAUCCACUGGUUCAGAUGGUUCUGGCUCAUCUGCCUCGACCACUGGAUCACAAGUCGCCAAAAGCGUCGACGACCAAGACGCGCCUGUCGCUCCCCCGGAGCCGGCAGGGGUCGAAGACGCUGCUAAAUCUGUGUCGGACUCCUUGAUUCAGUUGCAAAGGAUCUUCACUAAUAAAAUAACUGAAACCGUCGAUGAGGGUAUUAAAUACCUAAACACUGGCGGUGCCAAAAAGGCCAAGAAAGAGGACCUCCUCCGCACUAUUGCCGCCAUAUUCACCCAGCUAAAAACUGACAGUUCCAACCUAAACAAAUCUGUUAAGGCCGUCGAGAGCACUCAAACUCUCUUCAAGGCCUUAAACUCUACAGUAAAGAAAAUUUCUAAGUUGUCGGCCAAAUUGACUUCCGAGCCACCCACUCCAGCCGCAACUUCUGCGGCGACAUACGCUAACGUCGCUUCGAGCACUUCCAGGGUCAAGAUAGUUGGCAAGAAAUCUGCUUCCACUAAGGCUAUUCACAAGGUAGAAAUAUCUCCUGUCAACCCCGAGGAAUUUGAGUCUUCCGAGGCUGUCAAGGAAAGCGUUCUUGCCAAAAUCAACCCUGCUACCAUAGGCUUUGCGCCGUCAAAAGUCUACUAUGCAAGAAAUAAGGGAGUCGUGAUUGAAUCUCACGAUUCAAACGUAAAUAAGCUUUUAGAUCUUCCUGAGUGGGUCUCCCUAAAGCUCAAGGCAUCCUCACCAAAGAAGAGACUCCCGAGACUGUCCAUCUUUGAUGUUCCCUCGUUCUUAACGAAGGAAAACCUGGCGAAAGCAAUUAUAGACCAAAACAACGUCGACACAUCUAAUGCAGAGGACAUAAACCCGGUGCAUAAGUUUGGCCCGAGAGGCGAGAAACUUGUGCACUGGGCCGUGGAGGUCACCCCUGCCCUCAGGCUUACCCUGCUAUCUCUGAGGAAUGAUGAUUGCUGA